AUUGUUGUUUUCCUUAUCGAUCUUCAACACCAAGGCAGUGAUGGAAGGAUCGCAUUGCACUAGGGCACCUAGUUGAGAGUUGGUUAAGAGUUAGAAACAGUCGAUACAGAACCAAAGAACCAACAGCCACUGGGCAAGGAACAUACCUGAUAUAGCUCUGACCAUUCUCGUUGUGAGGAGCAAAAGAAGCUGUUUCUGGUGAUGAGCAGUGCCAAACCAACUUGGACCCAGAAUCGGCAGCCCGAGGAGUGCUGAUUUGAAUGCUGAUUUAAGUACUGAUUCGAGAAGAGAGGCCAGUAGAAAAGAAGGUGAUGGACUCUUUCUUCUUCUGCAACACCAGUAAACAUAGCAAUGGCUUCUCCUCCAGUUACAUGCCACAUUCUCGACACCACUACAGGCAGACCAGCCCAGAGUGUUCUCUGUGCCAUUUACCACCUCAGCUCCAAUCCCAACGACUUGCCUCCAGACGACGACUUGGUUGACCUCAGCGUCGACGAGCCCAGUGCUCCCUUUGGUUUAGCCAGAACCAAUUCUGAUGGCAGAAUUACCAGCUGGAGCAUCAAACCCAGGCAGACUCCCCAGUUCUACGAGAUGUUGGGCGUCAACAGCAGCCUUGAGUGGGACAACUUGAAGCCUGGCCUCUACAAAAUCAGGUUCCACACUGCGAAAUACUUCCUCAGGUCUGCUGUUGGUGCUGCUUCUGCUGCUCAAAAUACGUUUUUUCCUUUUGUCGAUAUUCAUUUCAUCAUCAAAAGCCCUCCUGAUAGUCACUACCACGUUCCUUUGUUGCUUUCUAACCAUGGGUACACGACCUAUCGUGGAAGCUAGUCGAGAAAUUGCUCUUGCCAAUUCAUAUUCAGCCUUUAUUCGUGUCUGAGCUUCAUAAGACUCAUUUAUAAGUUAUUUAUUCAAUAUACUAUAUGCUUUCUAAUUUUAAGAAAAAAGAAGUAAAAUAGAGUAUUAACCGCUGAUUCCUUUCAACUUUCUAAAAAAACAAAAAGGAAAAGUUUCAAAAAAUAAAAAUUAAGGAAAUUCAAGUGCUCUAGAACAAAAAGGCACGAAUUCACUGAUAGCAACAAAAUUUGCAAGAAUUUAAAAACUAUUAAGAUUGUAGAAUGAAGUCAAAGAUAUCAGGUAUCGCAAUAAAAUAUAUUAAAUUAUAAUUAGUAAAAAAAAAAAAAUAAAAGCAAAACGAAAGACAGAAUUUGUAUCAUU